AUGUCGCCCAACGCAACCGAAAAUGUUCCAACUGACACUGCCAAGACAGAGGCAUCUCCUACAUCUUCAUAUCGAAGCACUAUGCCCAGCGAUAAUUUCAACUGGCAAAUCUCAUUAGCCGAGAAGGUGGUUGCCAUUACUGGUGCCAAUCGUGGCAUCGGACUAGGUAUCGCUGAAGUAUGCUUGGCUAAUUCCGCGAAGAGGGUUUACUCUCUGGAUUUGAUGGAACCAGGGGAGGAAUUCGCAAGCCUGCAAGCUCGAUACGCGAAUUUCCAAUUCAUCCAAACGGACGUCACCUUGGAGGAGAGUGUGGAAAAAGCAAUCAACCAGGUCGUGGAAGAAACAGGCCGGAUUGAUGGCUUAGUAGCCAACGCUGGUAUGACCAAGCAUCAACCUGCUUUGAAAUUUGAGCGACCAGAGUUAGAGAAGCUAUUCAACCUCAAUGUAUUCGGUGCCUACUUCUGUGCGCAAAUUGCUGCUCGAAAGUUUAUCAAACUUGGAAUUAAAGGAUCUAUUGUAAUGACUUCAAGCAUGACCUCUUAUCGACCGAAUCGAGCUGCACCUUCCGCACCGUAUGGAGCUACCAAAGCUGCUGUCCGAAAUAUGUGUCAUACCCUCGCCAUGGAAUGGAGCGAACAUGGUAUUCGGGUCAACAGCAUUUCACCUGGCUUUGUACGAACCGCCAUGACAUAUUAUGUGGAAAAGGCAGCGGAUUGGGAUCUCAAGAUGCAAUAUUAUGGUGGAAUGCCGCGGCUAGCUGAUCCACGCGAGUUGGGCGGCGCAUAUGUGUACCUCUUGAGUGACGCGAGCUCCUAUACCAGUGGUAUUGACAUUCCGAUCGCGGGAAUCGUCGGUGCGUGUCUCGCCAUGAUCACCUCCAUUCUUCGUUACACCUUAUAUCCCGAAAUUUGGAGUGUGAUGAUCCAAGACCCCACUAAUUCGCUUUUUUUGGCGACGAUUCCGAUGGGUUUUGCUACAAUCAUCGAGAUGUGGGUGUUCGCCUGCGUGCCACUCUGGGGAGAAUGGACUAAAACAGUCGCGUGGGCUUUAUGGAUGGUCGAUGUGGUUGCAGCAGCUUCUGUGACCCUGUCUCUGUCCUUCAUCCUCAUCUCUCAACGCUACAUAUCUUCAUUAGAUCGAAUCACUGCGAUCCAACUGCUGCCGAUGGCAGCGACUAUCGUCGCUGCGGGAGCUGGCGCCGAAGUUGCCAAUAUUCUUCCAAAUAAACACCACGCAUUGGGAACACUCCUUGUCUCUUUUAUUCUCUGGGGUAUGGGCACUCCGCUGGCAAUUUUGGUCUUGGUAAUAUACUAUCAGAGGCUGGCAGUACAUAAGCUUCCACCAAGAGAAAUGAUCGUGAGCUGUUUUCUACCCCUGGGGCCUCUUGGCUUUGGUGGUUUCGGCAUUCUUUACAUUGGCAAAGUGGCCCGGGCUUUGCUGCAGGAUACUGAGAUUUUGGAUCCUCUUGCAGGUAGAAUAGCCUAUGUCUUGGGAGUUUUCAUAUCCCUCCUCAUGUGGAGUUUUGGUUUAAUCUGGCUUGUCUUUGCCUUCGCCACCGUUCUACACAGUUCUCCAUUUCCGUUCAAUAUGGGAUGGUGGGGCUUCACAUUCCCACUUGGUGUGUAUGCAGCAAACACAAUGGAAUUGGGAAUUGAGAUGGACCUUAUGUUCUUCAAAGUAUUUGGGACGGCUGCGGAGGAGUAUGAGUUCCCCUUCUUGCAGGAGGUCUUUUCGCCUGUCAGUUCACACAAGAUCGAUUUUGUCUUCGUGCACGGUCUGAAUCCUAGCGGUCGAAAUGAUCACCCAUUCAAAACAUGGACUCAUAGCAAUGGGAACUUCUGGCCAAAAGAUUUCUUGGCCCAGGAUAUGCCAUUUGCUCGGGUCUUUAUAUACGGAUACAACUCAAACAUCACCAAUCCACAGACUAUGUCAACAGCUAGCAUCAAGGAUCACGCCAAUACACUUUUGAAUCUGCUGGAUAUGGAGCGCAGCCCUCAGAUGGGUACGAUGCCCCCGAAAUUGAUAUUCAUUGGACACAGCUUAGGAGGACUGGUGAUCAAACAGGCGCUUCUCAACGCCAAGGAAGAUCCAAAGUAUUCUUCAAUUCGCUCAUCAACGUCCGGUCUUGUCUUCUUCGGGACACCUCAUCGCGGUGCCAAAGCCGUCGAGUUGGGAAAGAUUGCAGCGGGUAUCGCCCGUUUUGUAUCCAAGGGUCAUGCCAGUAAUGAUCUUCUCAAUUGCUUGGAACAUAACUCGCUUUUUACCCGUCAAAUGACAGAUCGAUUCCGCCAUCAACUUGAGGACUAUCGCGUCGUCAGCUUUAUCGAAGGGAAGGAAGUGCAGUUGGGAGGUCAUGGUCCAGCCUCCCUUAGCCAUCUUGUAGUUGAUGAAGAAUCCGCGGUGCUCGGACUGUCUGGUCUGCGCGAAACACAACUAAAGCUUGAUGCAGAUCACUCGCAGAUGUGUAAAGUUGGCGCUCGAGGCCCCAUGUACCGCUUGAUCCAGGGCAACAUCAAACAGUUGGUCGACCAAGCCCUUUUGUCAGAGCAAGGGUUUAUUCCACAACCUAUGGCCCAAGGCACGGGGCCCACCUCCCCACCUCCACUGCCACCUCGCAUCCAUUCCAAUAGCAGCACUCCGUAUCAGACACGUCCACUCCAAUCACCGGAAACAAUUACUGGAGUGGUUUACACUCCUUUAGACAAUGACCCACGAUCCAUUCGGUCCGCGGAAUUCAAGAACUGGGCUCGAUGGGACGAAGCUCGAACUGUUGAAUAUGAGAUUUUCCAAGAGCAUCUAAGGACCCUCGGUCCAGAUCAUUACAGUACGCUUUCGGUGGCAUACAAUCUAGCUGAGGUAGAGCUAGAGAGUGGAUUUAUGGAGAAAUCCAACGAGUGGUGCCAAUGGGUAUUUGAAAACUCCAAGCGCGUAUUUGGAAUCAAGCAUCCCUUGUCAAUGAGAAUCGAAAGUCUGAUCGCAGAAGUCCUGUGGCAAGAAGGGAAGCUCCAAGAAGCCGAGUCAGUCUGCGCCAAUGUCUUAGCGCGUCAACAAAUGACCAUUGGUGAAGAUCAUAUAGACACGUGUGAUACCCGGUGCCGGCUAGGCAUGACAUACAGCGCACUGGGUCGUCGAGAAGACGCCAUCGUGAAUUCAGAAAAGCUCACGAACACCCUGAAACGUCUUCUCGGCGACACCCACAUUCGCGUAUUCAGCUCUGUCCUGGAUACCCUGCAGCAUAUCAUCAGCAAUCAAGGUGGGGACGCAAAUGCAAUGAUUGUCAUGCGUUUCCAACCCAACGUGCAAAAGGCCGUUGAACUGCUGCAGCAGGCUCAUGAGGAGACGCAAACCACCCUCGGACAGUCACACCCAUUUACAAUUCGUGCUCUCACGCUAUACGGCCAGGCCCAGAGCCUCAUGCAGCAAAAAGUGGAAGCUUCGGAGACACUUCGGCGGGCCCUGGCGAGUUCAGAGGAAUCGCUAGGACCCGACCAUCCAAUCACAAUUGGUAUUGUAGGGCAUAUCGGCGUGAUGUAUGCCACGCAAAGCCCUUAUGCAAAUGGCGGUCACCGUGCAGCAGAAUCAUUCCCUUGGUUGCUUCGAUAUUUGGAUUGGAUGGAACGGCGCAGAGGCAAGGGAAACGACGAGACGCAAGCCACCUUGGAGUUACUGGGGAAUUUAAACUUCAAUGCGCAAGACUAUGAGGCCGCUCAGAAGUACUAUGAGCGUAUGGUUGCAGCAGCGCGUGGGGGUGACCAAACAAGGGCGAAUCGGAUCGAUGCUCAACUGCAACUGUGCAGGGCCAAUACUAUGUACACCCGUCGGGGUGUGGGGUCGGGGCUAGGAGGGCUUCUGUCCAACUUUCGUUAUUGA